GCUAAUUAUAAUUGCUCAAAAUCACCAUUCAAGUGCAUGCAUGUUAAUCAAUGACUCCAUGACAAGUUAAUCAAUGACAUCCAUUUGGUGUGCGUAUUCAUAAAUAUGGCUUCGUUAUGAUUUUUAGACCUUCGUUAUACUUACAUAACCAUAAUUAAACCAUAAUAAUGUGCUUUUAAUCGUUUGUGGGUGAAUAUUUAGUGAAUUUUGACAAAAAGUUCAUAUAUAUAUAUAUAUAUAUGUAUAUAUUCCUCUGCGUGUACGCAUAUACUUAUAUAUGUACAUAAAUCUCUAUACAGACAGAUCCUAAAUAGUACACGUCUCAAGGAUUGGCUUUUGAUCGAUGUGAAGAAAUACUGGCGAGUUUAUAGGGGGCUCAUUUUACUUAUAUGCCUGUCAAUCAUUCAGCAUGUCGAUAUCACACCCGCCUGGGAAGCGCACAAUGCGCGUAUUGUGUCUACAUGGAGGCAGACAAACAGCUGAAAUUUUUCGGAAGCGCAUGCACAGGUUAACUCCUGCGGACACGAUGCAAGCAGUGGAUUUUGUGUACAUAGAUGGUCCACACUCAGUCCAUUCUUUAGAUGAGAAGUUAGAGUCUACAGGCCACUUUAAAUCGGAACCCACGAAUAAGGACUCUGAUGUUCAGCCGGAAGGGGACAAGGAUUCUAGUCACUUACGUACCUGGUACACUCAUAUGCGUAAUGCAUCACAUACGUCUGAUUUCGUUGUAGACUCUACGUCUAUAUUGCAGACUUUGUCAAAUAUCAAACAAGUGUGGAACCAGUUUGGACCUUUCAGUGGACUGCUGGGGUUCAGUGCUGGUGCGACUAUCAUACCAUUCAUAGCGAAAGAUCCCAUACGUUUCCCUGGGCUGUAUUUUGUGAUCAUGGCCUCCGGCGCAGACAUUGACUUGUACCCAAUAGUAGGUCACGGUCAGAAAGCUGUGCUCUCCCAUUCAGACAUACCAUGGUACAUACAGUCUUUGCAUCUGGUGGGUGAUACCGAUGACUUGGUAGUGCCAUCACGUAGUCUACAACUUGCUGAGGCUUUUCACGACCCAAGGAUUUACCGCCACACACUGGGUCAUUGUGUACCAUUACGACGGAUAGACCGAGAUGAAUUCACAUCAUUCUUCAAGCGACAAGUAGAGCUAUGGAAUGACGGUCCUCUCGUCGAAGCGCUCAUCGAAGAAUUUGAAGUGUUAGAAGCCAUUUUCGGUGAUGAUUUCUCUAGCACUACAAUUUCCCAGGAAUUUCAGGGCAACUGUGCCGCCAAUGACUUGCAGUUUAUAAAUUGCAGAUGUCGUCUGGGUAGUGUUGCCGAGGAUGGUGACUUUGAUAUCGGCCGUUUGUUAGAUGUUCGCUUUACAAUUGGUCCACACUAUCCAAAUCAACGCCCGUUUUCUCGUAUUCAAUUUCAUACCGAGAAUGACCCUGAAAUUGAUGGUAAAGUGAUUGAGAAAACCACAGUUCCAAAAGAGCUUGCGUCAGCCAUUCUGGAGGGCAUGCACCAGGCCGUACUUGAUCACGGGAGUGAGCCAAUGUUAUUUGACAUGGUGCAAGCUGCGAAUGUAGUCAUAUCAGCUUCAACAUGGACUACAACAGAUCUGUACCCUUCACAACCUUGCAUAAAGACGAAAGAGGAUGUGAGCUCUGAAGACUUACUGGUGAGGAACAGCGAAAAUGCGGAUGCGGAUAGUGGCGACUACAGCAUUGAGCGUCCCCCAACUCCGAUAGAUGUGGAUAUUGCCAUCUUACGAGGAUCGGCUGCGAACACAGACUCUGUGUCGAAGGGGUCCAGAGGCGUGUGGAGGUUUAUUCUGGGCUUGGUGGGAAAGCCGAGCGCAGGAAAAUCGACAUUUUUCAAUGGCGCAACCGUGUCGUCGAAUGCAAAAGUUGCAUCCCAUCCCUUUACAACAAUCAAACCGAAUGUCGGACUGGGUUGGUGGCACAGCCCACCAGAUGAUAGGCACAUACCACUGCUAAUCAAAGAUGUGGCAGGCUUGGUCCCGGGUGCGAGUGUAGGAAAGGGGAAAGGAAACCAGUUUUUGAAUGAUUUGUUAGAAGCCGAUGCGCUGAUUCACGUCGUUGACUGUUCGGGACGAACUGAUAAAGAGGGCAACAUCACUAACUAUGAGAAAACAAAGGGAAAGGAGAGAGAUACCCCGAAUAUCGCACAUGACCCUCUUGAGGACGUUGUUUGGGUACGUGCGGAACUGCAUGCCUGGAUCUUCACAAAUGUGAAAAGGAAAUGGGAGGCGAUCAAGAGUAAUCCUAAGAAGCUCCCGGGCAUGUUCAGCGGCUACCAUGCAUCCAAGUGGCUAGUACAGGAAGCUUUAAGCAUAGGUAAGAUGGAUUGUACCAUAAGUUCAGCUGAAGCGUCAGAAUUGUGGACCGAUGAUGUGUUGAAUCGAACAGUUUCUGUAUUUUUGGAUCUGCGCUUUCCUAUUUGCCUGGCUUGCAACAAAAUGGAUGUACCAGGCGCAGAAGAUAUUUACAAUCGGAUUGUACAGAAGCACCCAAAUGCGGUGCCAGUGUGUGCAGCGGCGGAAGUACAAUUGCAGCUGCUGAAAACUAAGGGUAAAAUUGAGUACACUCCAGGGAAAACGGAAUUCCGCGCGACACAAGGCGUCAUACUAACGUCAAAAGAAGAGAUCAUCUGUGCAAACGCUCGUCUGAUCUUGAGUCGCUUUCAGAAUACCGGUGUCCUAGCAACCCUGUCCAAGGCGGUGGCAACACGUCCGCCCGUUAUGUGCUUCCCAGUAGAUGAUUUGGACACGUUCUCUCCUUUGCUUCAUCAAGGCCGUCAGUCAUACCAGUACCCAGUAGAUUCGAUUUGUUUGCGACCCGGAUCAACUAUUGACGACGUUUUCAACAUCUUGUGCCGUAAAAAUGAAGGGAGCAUCGUUCGGACGCAGGACUGUGGGCUGCAGGACAUCGCAGGUACCAUAUUAGGAGGUGAGUUCGUGAGAGCCGAGGGAUGUCGACUUGAUGGUUCAGGCCGGCGUUUGUUGCAACGCACGCAGGUGGUGAAUGAAAGCUGCGCAGUGCUCAGAAUAAUGGCGACUAAGAAAAGCAGGUGGCAAAAGGCACGGAAAUCGAAGCAUGUAUGAUACUGUAAUUGGUGCUGAUGGUAGCCAGAGAUGAAGCUACAUUAGCAUGAAGUUUUAAAGGUUGGGGGUUAAAGAUUUACGAUGGCAAGAUGGUUUGUAGUACACGACUGUUACGUAUUACCCUCAGGUGUAUUUUCUCCUCGAGACUCUGCACGUCAAGAUUGACAUUCUUACUUGAAAGGAUUUGAUUGCAUUCUUUGCACUACCUGAGCAUAAAUAGCAG